CUGUGCAUUGUCUCUCUUUCUCAACGCGAAGAUGGCCGAUCAGAAUAUCCGUGCGUUCCAAAAGCAGUUAGGUAUUAACCUAAACCGCAAGGUGGUCAACAAGAAGAAGGGGCUGCGCAUGCACCGCAGCAUUGGCCUUGGAUUCAAAACUCCCAAAGAGGCCAUCGUCGGUACGUACAUUGACAAGAAAUGUCCUUUCACCGGUCACAUCUCGAUUCGUGGUCGCAUCUUGACUGGCGUGGUGCGUAAGAUGAAAAUGCAGCGUACGAUUGUCAUCCGCCGUGACUAUCUACACUUCAUCCGCAAGUACGAUCGUUUCGAGAAACGGCACAAAAACGUGAGCGUUCACCUGUCGCCGUGCUUCCGCGACGUUGAAGCCGGAGAUAUCGUGACCGUGGGUGAAUGCAGACCGCUUUCGAAAACCGUGCGCUUCAAUGUGCUUAAGGUGAGCAAGCUCGCUGGAUCGAAGAAGAAGUUCAGCAAGUUUUAAACAACCUUAUAAAGUAAGAUG